GGCUGAGAGAAGCUGUGCAGAGAGCAGAGAGCAGUGCUGGCCAUGGGGAGGGCAGCUCCAGCCCUCCUGGUACUGCUCAGUCUGACAACGACUAUUUGUGACGCUGAGGACACCUGCUCAGAGGUGAGAAUAGUGGGACUGGGUGAUGCUGACCGACUCGCCAUUCUCCAAGGAUGCCCAGGUAUCCCAGGUGUGUCUGGCCCAAAAGGAGAACCAGGUCUCCCAGGAAAAAAAGGAGAAAUGGGAGACCAGGGAUUCCCGGGGAAAGCAGGACCACCUGGUGCAAAAGGAACAGUUGGAGAGCCUGGCUUCCCAGGACUGAAAGGAACAAAAGGAGAGCCUGGAUUUCCAGAAAUAUGGGAACCCAGGAAUUGCCAAGAACUGUUGGGCAAAGGGAAGAUCUUGAGCGGCUGGUACACCAUCUACCCCCAAGGUUGCAAUGCCACAGCUGUCUUCUGCGACAUGGACACAGAUGGUGGGGGAUGGAUUGUUUUCCAGAGGCGCUGGGACGGGUCAGUGAAAUUCUUACGAGACUGGGAUUCAUACAAACGAGGCUUUGGCAAUCAGCUGACAGAGUUCUGGAUGGGGAAUGACAACAUCCACUUCCUCACCUCGCUGGGACCCUGUGAACUCCGCAUUGACCUGAGAGACUUUGAGAACAACUACUAUUUUGCCAAGUACGCUUCAUUCAGAGUUUUGGGAGAGUCUGAGAAAUACAGACUAGUUCUAGGGGACUUCCUUGGUGGAAAUGCCGGAGACUCUUUAUCAUACCACAGGGACAUGCCAUUUUCAACAACAGAUCAGGACAAUGACAUGAGCUCCUUUAACUGUGCCACAGAAUACAAAGGAGCGUGGUGGUACAAUGACUGUCAUUACUCAAACCUGAAUGGGAUGUACUGGAUGGGUGUGCAUGGGAGCUACGCUGAUGGUAUCAACUGGAAGACGGGCAAAGAAUACCACUACUCCUACAAGCGAACAGAAAUGAAAUUCAGGCCAGUCUAAUAUGGUGAGAGGGUACCUGACUAGCACCAAGAGGUGCCACUCACCAGCCAAGAGAAGACAGAAAACAUAAAGUUUGAGGACAAAAAUAGACCAGGAAGGUUGUGCCUUCUAUGUAGAACAGACUUUUUGAGGCCAGAAGAGAUCAGUACUUUUUUGAGCUCCCAUAAGCUCCACACUCUCACCCUGACUACCUCCAGCAGCCGCACUGAUGUUGAGCUCAAGCGUCUUUUUCUGAAAAGUGCUUUACUUUGAUUUAAAGACCAAGUGAUGGGUGAGGCCAAUGCAUCUGAGUAAAGCUCUCUGAUAUUAUUAUCCUAAAUGUAAUUACUGGUAAUUUUCAGUCUAAUCCAUGUAUAUGAAGCCUCCAAUAUUCUUGCAGCCUCUUUCUGUUGGACCCAAGAUUCAUCUGAAAGGCACAGAAUUCCUGACCCACCCCCUCUUCCUGCAGGCUGUGAUGAAGCCAUGACGUAGAACAGCAUGGAAAGGACUUGAGGGUCCAGCACAGGGCUGUCAGCAUCACCCCUUCCCUCCUUCCCUCCUCAAGUGCUCCAAAGCCUCAUGUGGGACCCCAGUUGCUGGAACCACAGCAGAGUUGCUCAGCACUUCCCACCACAACACAGCUGCAGUUGGCCCAAAGGCCAGUUUCAGCCACUCCGCCAGGGCAGGUUUCUUGAUCUCAUUUGCCCCUGCGGACCAGGAAUUCUAUGCAAAAGUCUGUGUGGUACCAAGACACUACAGCAGGUACCAGUGUUUUCCAUUUCACCACUUCUCUCCCCCACAAGAGCUCCAUUUUAGUUUUCUCCCGCUACCAAUCUGAUUGGCAUGCCCUCAGCAGGAGCAAAGUCCCACAGCAUCCGGCUGUAUCUCAUUCAUCAGCUUCUGAUACUGUCGUCCAGGAGUAGCAUCUCAGAGAGGCCCAGGGUGCUGCCACGACAGCUCUAGAGAUCCACAGACUCCUCUGCAGAGAGGUACAAGCAGGUGCUUACAACCUGGGCUUUAACCUAGGUAAAAGUGCUAAAUCCCCUCUCUUUGCUAUCCUCUAGCUUCUCUUUUUACUACACAGAAACUGUCAACAUUUAAAUUUUGUUUGUGAAGGACACUGGUGUCUGAGGGAUUAAGAGAACACCAAGAGCAGUUUACCCAAACUCAUCUAUUUGAUAUUCCCAUACCACGAUAUGACUCCAUAGAGGAAAUAUUCAGGUAUGACAAGCCAUCAGCAGUGCUAGGUGAGGAUCUUGCUUGCAGAGUGAAAUUAUCCUGAGUCCUUAUGCUGGUUUUGGCUGGGGUAGAAUUCAUAUUCUUCACAGUGGCAAGUAUGGGGCUGUGUUUUGGAUUUGUGCUGAAGACAGUGAUGAUAAUAUAAAGAUGUUGAUAUUAUUACUAAGCAGGGCUUGCACAAAGUCAAGGCUGUUUCUUCUUCUCGUGGCAAGGAAUUUGGGAGGAGACACAGCUGAGACAGCUGACCAAAGGGAUAUUCCAUACCAUAUGACAUCAUGC